CAAGUGGAGAUCAAGAAGAGAUCCAGAGUGCCUGGUGUUAUGAUCAUCCAGUAUGUCAAGGAACUGCCACGUGGAAAAACCACACCUGAUUUCACCAGGAAACCAAUUGCCUUGACAGUUCAAGAAGGCAAAGUGGCAAUUUUCAAAGCAGUGGUGACCGGAGAUCCAGUUCCAACUGUAACCUGGGCACGCAACAAGGGUGAUACUUCUGAUCCAGAAAAAUAUAAGCCAAAAUAUGAUCCAAGGACUAGAGAACAUGUUCUGGAGAUACCAAAUGUGAAAGCAGACCAAGGAGACACGUACAAAUGUUUCGCUACGAAUGAAUUUGGAAAAGCUGUAUGCACAGCUACAUUGGGUGUCAUUGCAGUUGGAUUCAAGAAAAAGCAAAUCGGUAUGUCCACAAUAGUCCCUGAGGACUUCAGGAAAAUGCUUAAGAAAACCAACAUUGUCAGGAAGAAAAAGGAAAAACCCAAGAAAGAGGGGGAGAUUGAUCCAAAAUUCUGGGAAUUGAUGCUAAGUGCCAAAAAGAGAGAUUAUGAGCGCAUUUGUCGGGAAUUUGGAGUCACUGACUUUCGCUGGAUGCUAAAACACCUUAACCUAAUGAAAAAGGAGAAGGAGGAUGAACAGGCCAAGGUGGUCGAGAAAGUUGACAACAUGAAACAGAUUGAACUGAAAACGAGUGGCAGAGCUGAAUUUGAGUUUAAUAUGAAGCUCAGGGACCCAAAGAGUAACAUUUAUCUGUACAAGAAUGGCGACAUGCUUGAUUAUGGCGAUGGCACUGAUGAUUCCUACAAACACAAUAUGAAAAAAACUGGUGAUAAGUACUUGUUUAGCAUCAACAAUGUUGGCCUAAAUGAUGGAGGAAUAUACCAAGUGGAUGUUGAGGAUGUUAACGUUUUCUCAACAAGCUUUACAAUUCCUGAUGUGGAAUUUGAUGGCAUGCUGAAGGAUGCUAAAGUCAUUGAGGAACAGGAUGCAGUGUUUGAGUGUGUUUUAUCUGGUCCUGUACCAGAAAUCACCUGGUGUGCCAAUGACAUCUCUGUUGAGCAUGGAGACAAGUACAACAUCACAGUCUCUGAAGACAAUCUCACCCACAGAUUAGUAGUGAAGAACUGUAAACCAGAGGACAAGGGUGUGUACACGGCUAUUGCUGGGAUUAAAUCCUCCAAGGCCGCUCUUGCUGUGGAUGAGGAUCCUAAAGCCAGGGGGAAGGGUCGAUGUGGUUCAAGUGAUGGAGCAGAUGAUCUUACAAGAUGUCUAGCAGAUGAGCAGGCCAGGCUGCAGAGAGAAAGGGAUGAAGCAGCCAGGAGAGCCAAGGGUACUGGUGGAAGAGGUGAUGGAGGAGAUGAUAGUGGAGGAACUGGCUUGGGAGGUGGAAGUGGUGGAGAUGCAAGAGGAAGGUAUGGACUGGGAGGAGACGGUACAGAUGGAAGUGGGAAGAAUAAUAUAGAUGGAAGUGGGAAGAAUGGUACAGACAGAAGUGGGAAGAAUAGAAUGGGGAAGAGUGAUUUAGGAGCAGACGGACUGGGAGGCCAAUUAGCUGGCCUUGGAUCUGGUGGAACUGUUGGAGAUGGUACAGAUGAUAAAGUGCACUUUGCAAGUGGGUUAUCAGACCAAAACGCUCUACGUGGCAAGCCUGUCGAGCUUGUGUGCAAACUAAAUACUGAAAAAAUUGACGGAGUGUGGUAUAAAAAUGGGGAGAAGCUGACUUCCAAAGAUGGAGUGAUCGUUACUAAAGAUGGUUGUACACAUAAGCUCAUAAUGCAGAAUUGCAAAGAUUCAGAUGCAGGUGUAUAUCAGUUUGAGGUGAAUGGCUGCAAGACAGAGGCCACGGUGAGAGUUGGAGAUCUUCCAGAAUUUGAUCCUGAUGCUUUGCAAAAGUUCUCAAACCCCGUGAUAGUGAAAGCAGGCCAGACUGCAUCUUUUAAGAUGUCAUUCCCACCACAAGCCUCUCUGGAGGUUAAAUGGUUUAAAAAUGGCUCUGAGCUUCUUGAUGGUGGUUCAGUUAAAGUAGUGAAGGAAUCAAACCAUAGUCGCUUUCAAAUGAAAGACUGUAUGCGGAUGGAUACUGGAGAGAUCAAAAUCCAGCUAAAAAACCCUUUUGGUUCUACUGAAGCCAUAUCAAGUCUUCUUGUACUAGACAAGCCAGGUACACCACAAAGCCCCGUAGAAGUGAAUGAAAGCACAUCCUCAGUCCUUGAAUUGAAAUGGAAUCCUCCAAAGGAUGAUGGUGGGUCAACAGUAACAAACUACAUAAUUGAGCGCCAACAAGUUGGGCAGAGUACAUGGAAAAGGGUUGGGGAUGUUUCAGCUGAUCAUCUAACCUUCAGAGAUAAAAGUGUGUCCCUUGGCAAGAGGUAUAUAUAUCGCAUCUAUGCAGAGAACCCUGAUGGCAUCAGUGAACCACUGGAGACAGAGAAAAUCAUAGCUGGUGCUAUAAUUUUCCCUGGCCCACCGGCCCCUCCAAAGGUUGUCAGUGCUUUCAAAAACUGUAUCAACCUACAUUGGAUUCCACCAGAGAAAGAUGGCGGAGCUACAAUUUUGGGCUACCUGCUGGAGAAACGCAAGAAAGAUACCAACCAAUGGGUGACUCUGAACUCAGUCAAUGAACCGAUUCAAGCUCUAAAAUAUGCAGUGAAAGAUGUGUCUGAGGGAUCGGAAUAUGAGUUCAGAGUAUCAGCCAUUAAUAUGUCUGGAGCUGGAGAACCCAGCGCACCUUCUGUAAUGGUCUGUGCUAUAAACCCCAAAAUGAAGCCUCAUUUCAAAGAUCCUGAAGACUUUAUGGUGGUGAGAUCAGGAAAUUCUAUCAGAAUAAAAAUUAAUUAUGAGGCCUCUCCACUGCCUAACAUUACGUGGCUUCAGAACGGUGAACCUGUAUCUCCCUGGAAAAAGAUCAUUAAUAGCGAUGGAACAUCCACUCUUGUCAUACCCACGUCAAAGUACUCUGACUCUGGUAUUUACACCAUUGUUGCUAAAAACUCAAGUGGGCAGGCAAGCUUUGACAUAGAGGUCAGAGUAACAGAUGAACCCAAGCCUCCAGGCCAAGUGGCGCUGGAGCAGGUGAUUUAUGGUAAAGUCAUUAUCACAUGGGCUCCAUCUCCAGACCAGAAGAAGGACGACAGACUGCAUUACAUUGUGGCAGAACACAACUCUAACACACGCAUUUGGCGCACAAUAGCCGAUCACCUUCUCUGUAAUACCUACACAACCAGCAUCAAACCAGGUCUAGAAUAUCAUUUUAGAGUCUAUGCAAAAAAUGAUAUGGGACUUUCCGAUCCUUCAGAUUCACCAACAUGGGGUGUCAACAGCAACAGAGUUUCGGUACCCUCAAGCGUGCCAACUGUGAUCACUUUGGAAAGGCCACCAUCCAUUCUGGUUCCACUGAAACAACACGCUCCACCCAAUGGAUAUCAGUGCUACAUGACCUGCGCUGUCCGUGGCUGCCCCACACCACAUAUUGCAUGGUACCAUAAUGGGAUUUGCAUCAACUCCAACAAUAACUACUACAUCACAAAUGCAUUUGGCAUCUGCUCCAUGUACAUCCUCAGAGUUUGUUCUGAAAAUAGUGGUGAAUACAAAGUGGUGGCAGUCAACUCAUUUGGCAGGGCAGAAUGUUCCACCAAAUUAAAAGUGAAAGAUUAA